AAGAAGCUGCAAUACGGAGCGUCAAGACGACACGAAGGGAGAAAGAAACCAGGACUGUGGAGGUUCAGUUCCGUCAUGCGUCGCUUGGAGCUCCUGAUCGGACUUCUGUGCUGCUUUCCUUUGGCAGCAUGUCUGCGCUGCUACAGCUGCGUGUUUCCGGCCAUCUCUCCUCUGGACUGCCUGGAGUUUCCUCUGGAGUGUCCUGCAGGGCAGCGCUGCCUCUCCAGCGAGGCCACGGGGAAUCAAGGUCCCCUUCACCUGACCAUCUACGAGAAGAGCUGUGCUAACCCGUCCCAGUGCGGCCGCUCGGGACAGAAAUACUCUGCAGGGGUGGUCUUCAACUACACCAACGACUGCUGCGACACGGACCUGUGUAACCGGGCCGGACCUGCUGCUGCACUCGCCUGGGGGGUGUGGCUGCUGGCCGCCGCCGCCGCCCUCCUGCUGCCCUGAAGGGUCAAAAACCCUCAAAUGAAGAAUAAAAAUGUGGAUUUA